CGCGCCAGUCCUCUCGGUGCCGCACCAGCGACUGGUCGGCGACGUUCAGCCUCAGCUCCCACAGGGCAGCGGCGGCCUUGGCCUUCUCCACGUCCGACUCCUUGUCGGCCCUCGCCUCCUGCUUGCCGUCUUUUUUCCCUUUCCUGAGACAAAGACGCAAAGUGUGACGAUUUGCGCUUUUCUUUGGAGCGUCAGCGCAACAAGGCGAAGCGUCACACACGCCCUGUGCCACAGUCUCUCCCUGCAGCAUCCACCAGCACUUCUCCUCCUCCUCCUCCUCCUCCUCCAGCUGCAGCUGUCUCUCCUGUCCCCGGCGGUGAACACGAUGGCCCCGCCGAGCCUGCUCUUCACUUUCUCCGUGUGGCUCUUGGCCGCGGUCCCCGCAGCGGAGGCGACGUACUACCGGCACCACCGCUACGUCCCACACUUCUACCGCUACCGGGAGCACUCCGCCCAGGCGGAGAACCUCCUCCCCGAGGUGUCCCACUCGGCCCCCGCAGUCCCGCAGCCCGGCGUGCCGACCUACCCCGAGAUCCCCGAGGUCUUCCACCCGGCGCCCGAGGUCAUCCCCCCCAUACCCGAGGCGUUCCACCCGGUGCCCGAGGUCGUGCACCCGGCGCCCGAGCCCUACCGCCGACCCGAGGCGGAGCCGCUGCCCGAAGUCUCCUCCCCGGUCAACCUGAGCCGCCUCUUCUAUGGCAUCAUGUUCGACGCGGGGAGCACCGGCACCAGGAUCCACAUCUACAAGUUCAUCCAGAAAGACCCGGUCGAGCUGCCAGUUCUGGACAAUGAACUGUACCAUGCUGUGAAGCCCGGACUGUCUGCUUACAAGGACAACGUUGAGGAGGGUGGCAACACCGUCCGCCAGUUGCUGAAGAUCGCCAAGAAGACGGUCCCGGAGGACGAGUGGAAGAGGACCCCGGUGGUGCUGAAGGCCACAGCGGGUCUGCGUCUGCUGCCCGAGGACAAGGCCAGCGCUCUUCUGAAGGAGGUACGAGAGGUAUUCGAUGAGUCUCCUUUCUUUGUGCCGAACAACAGCGUUUCCAUCAUGAACGGAGCAAAUGAAGGAGUCCUCGCCUGGGUCACGGUGAACUUCCUCACAGGUCACCUGUACUCCAACACAAGGAGGACGGUGGGGAUCCUGGAUUUGGGUGGAGGAUCUACACAAAUCACAUUCCUUCCCAAGUCAAGGAAAACGAUCCAGUCGGCACCAACCAGCUACAUUGCCAAGUUCAACCUGUUUAACAGCACAUAUCAACUGUACACACACAGUUACCUUGGAAAUGGACUGUAUGCGGCUCGCCUGGCAACCCUUGGCGCACUCGGAGCCGAUGGUCUAGACUGGAAAAUCUUCACUAGUUCCUGCCUCCCGAAAAAGUUCAGAGAAGAUGUGACUUUUGGAGGAACCACCUACAAAGUUGGCGGGAUUCCAGACGGCUAUGCAGGCUAUAAGCUGUGCUACUAUGAGGUGAUGAAAGUGAUCAAAGGAAUAGUUCUCCAGCCCUAUGAGGUGAAGGGCAGCAGCAUCUUCUACGCUUUCUCCUACUACUUCGACAGAGCUGUGGAGUCUGGCCUCAUCGAUGCCAGUCGAGGUGGUGCGAUUGAAGUCAGGGAUUUUAAGAAGAGAGCCAAGGAAGUGUGCAACAAAAUGACCAAAUACCGUGCUAUCAGCCCCUUCCUCUGCAUGGAUAUGACAUACAUCACUUGUCUGCUAAAGGAGGGCUUUGGCUUCAAGGACAACACCGUGCUGCAGCUCGCCAAGAAGGUGAACAACGUCGAGACGAGCUGGGCCCUGGGGGCGACCUUUGACUACUUCAGAGACCUCAACAUCCACUAAGGACAGCUCGCUGCCGCUGCAGCCGGCACUGAGACAGUCUGUCACUGUGGGGCUUCCCUUCCUCCAUCCACCCCCGAUCAGCCCGUCCACUCACACACACACCCAGUCCCACCACGCCCCUCCUCGUUUCCUCCACCUCAGGACCCCGCGAACCUUCCGAGAACUGUUGAGCGAGAAUCAAAAGAAAGAAAUCACUAUAUUUUUAUAAGGCCAGCUAUUUCUACUGUAUGUUGAGCUCCUCACUGAUGGGCUGACUUUAUUUUUGUAAAACGUUUACAUUUUUGAUUCCUUAUGGGUGUCGAAACUGAAAUGUCGUUCUCACCUACCUUCAAAGUGUGUACAGGGUAGUUUAGAAGCAAUACAACCGGUCAUGGUAUUUUGGUGGUUACUGUGGUCCUGGUGUGCACUGUACAGCAUAGUGUAAAACCUUUAAGAGACUAGUUGCUGCAGUGCAACCAUAAGUAGUUUUUCUAAAUGCUUGUUAAUCAAUCAUCUUUUUUAUUCUAGCAGUAAAUUAUCUUACAGGAGACUAAUUAGUUUUGCCCCUUAGCCUUUGACAAGUUGGACAUCAUUGGAAAUUGAGCAGAUGAAAACCAUACAACUUCUUUUCUUCAACCUUGCACAUAAAAUUUCUUUGCAGAUAUUGUAGCGAAGGCGUGAUCAGAUACUUCGAUUUCGACUAAAGAGUUGUACAUAUUCAUCCGGACUCAGGGGGGCAGAGAGAGAGAGAGAGAGAGUGCUGCGGGGAGAUGCCUCUAACAGACCGUGUUCUUACGGCUUUUACAAGUAUGAGGUUAAUGCCUGUAUUUUUAAGGUUCAGCCAUUAUUGUUUGUUUGGUCUAGAGUGGAAAAGGCCUUACCAAGCAUGGCUAAAUUGCAGGGGCCCCAAGGUCUGAGCUGUACUUUACUCUAGUAAAGGAAAAAAAAACCUCUCAUCAGGGGCAGAUAGUGCAUCCAACAACAUAAUUAACAGCCAUUAGAAAUAACAAAAAAGCAAACAGAAAUUAUGUUAAAAAAAAAAGAAAAAAGUUUGAAACCCACAACUCUUUCACUUGUUGCUGGUUGCUCAAAAACAUCAGUGAUACUGUAUUCUUGCUUGUCAUUUUUUUUCUUGUGAACUGUAUAAAUAUUUAAUUAAUUGAAAGUUUAUCUAAUGUAUUUUAAGUAUCCUCAUCAAAUAUUAACUCUUGGACUUUAUGUAACUGCUGUCUAAGCCACGCCUCUCUGACUUUUCAGUAUUCAACAUGUUCAAUAACUACUGUUUGUAUAUACAUAAUGUAAACUUAUAUUAGUGAAAUAUUGACACAAACUGCUUUGACAUUGCAAAACCUUUAUGCUGCACAGUUGCUCAGAAAUGCCUCUAUGUUCAUUAGUGUGAAUAACCUGAUGACUGACAAUAUGUAAAUGGUUGUUUUUAUUAAGUCCAGUGAAAUAAGUGCAUACCAUUCAUGUAUGUUUUAAUAAAAUAUAAAAAAAUGUG